UGUUCUUUGGAUUAUCUUUCCCCACUGAAGCUUGAAUAUUAAUCCAUAGACAAGAUGACGCAUUUGUCGUCUUCCUCCUUCUUUUCUGAUUUUGGGCUGCUAUUGUAUUUGGAAGAGCUAAACAAAGAGGAAUUAAUUAGAUUCAAGUCAUUUCUAAAGAAUGAGACCCUGGAACCCGGGUCCUGCAGGAUACCCUGGUCUGAAGUGAAGAAGGCCAAGCGGAAGGAUUUGGCUGACUUGAUGAGCAAGUAUUAUCCAGGAGAGCAAGCCUGGGAGGUGGCUCUCAGAAUCUUUGGCAAGAUGAACCUGAAGGAACUGUGUGAGAGAGCAAAAGCAGAGAUCAACUGGACUGUCCAGACUAUGAGACCAGAGGACACUGAGGCCGGAGAGGUACAGGGUGAUCAGGAAGCAGUGCUGGGUGAUGGAGCAGAAUACAGAAUUCAAAUAAGGGAAAAAUUUCACAUCAUGUUAGAUAAGAACCAUUUGCUUGGGAAAUCUGAAGAUUUCUGUCAUGAAAUUGCUCAGGAAGGCCGAGAACUGUUGGAACAUUUGUUUGAAGAAGAUGUUGGAACCGAAGAGCAGCCACAGACAGUGGUCCUUCAAGGGGCUGCUGGAAUAGGCAAAACAACGUUGGUGAGAAUGAUGAUGUUAGAUUGGGCACAGGGCAACCUCUACCAGCAGAAAUUUACCUAUGUCUUUUAUCUCAAUGCAAGAGAAAUUAACCAGUUGAGAGAGAGAAGCUUUGUUCAGUUGCUGUCAAAGGACUGGCCCAGCACAGAAGGUCCCAUUGAAAGGAUUAUGUCCCAGCCAAGUCGUCUCCUUUUUAUUAUUGAUAGUUUUGAUGAACUGAACUUUGCCUUUGAGGAGCCUGAGUUUGUGCUGUGUGCAGACUGGACCCAAGUGCAUCCUGUGUCCUUCCUCAUGAGUAGUUUGCUGAGAAAAGUGAUGCUCCCUGAGUCGUCCUUGUUGGUGACUACAAAACUCACAGCUUGGAGGAAACUAAAGCCUUUGUUGAAGAAUCAGCAUUCUAUACAGUUACUAGGUAUGUCUGAGGAUGCAAGACAGGAAUAUAUUUACCAGUUUUUUGAAGACCAGAGUUGGGCCUUGCAAGUAUUCAGUUCCCUAAGAAACAAUGUGAUGCUUUUUAACAUGUGCAAAGUCCCUGCAGUAUGCUGGAUCGUUUGUAAUUGUCUGGAGCAGCAACUGGAAAAGGGUGGUGAUAUCACGCUGACUUGCAAGACAACCACUUCUCUGUUUGCCUGCUGUAUCUCCAGCUUGUUGACACAAGUAGAUAAAAGCUUUCCUGGUCUACCCAGCCAAACCCAACUGAGGAGCCUGUGCCACUUGGCUGCCAAAGGAGUAUGGACCAUGACAUACGUAUUUUACAAGGAAAAUCUCAGAAGACAUGGGUUAGUGAAAUCUGAUGUUUCAAUUUUCCUAGACACAAAUAUUCUUCAAAAGGACACAGUGUAUGAAAACUGCUAUGUGUUCACCCACCUACACAUUCAGGAGUUUUUUGCAGCAAUGUUCUAUGUGUUGCAAGACAAUUGGGACACCAGGGACGAUUCCCUUCAGUCUUUUGAAAAUUUGGAGCUGGUGCUUGAAAGCAGCAGUUAUAAAGACCCCCAUUUGCUACAGAUGAAAUACUUUUUGUUUGGCCUUUUGAAUGAAGAUAGAAGGAAACAACUGGAGGAAACUUUUAAUUGUACAAUGUCAUUGGAGGUGAAAUGGACGAUACUUCAGUGGAUGGAAAUGCUGGGAAACAGUGAACAGCUUCCAUCACACCUGGUUUUUCUAGAGUUGUUUGUCCAUUUGUAUGAGACUCAAGAUGAAGUAUUUGUAAGCCAGGCAAUGAGAUAUUUCCAAAAGGUUGUCAUUAAUAUUUGUGAGGAAAUCCAUUUGCUUUUGUCUUCAUUCUGCCUGAAGCACUGCCAGUGUUUACGGACCAUGAAGCUGAUGGUAACUGAGGUAUUUGAGAAGAAGAUGUUAAACUCAAGCUUCCCACCUGAAACUUGGGCUGGCAGUCGCAUUUUUCAUUGGUGGCAAGACCUCUGUUCUGUGCUUCAUACAAAUGAACACUUGAGAGAAGUGAUCUUGUGUCACAGCAACCUUGAUGAAUUCGCAAUGAAGAUUUUUAAUCAAGAACUAAGGCACCCAAACUGUAAACUACAAAAACUACUGUUGAGAUUUACUUCUUUCCCUGACAUUUGUCAGGGUAUCUCUGGUUCUUUGACCCACAAUCAGAAUCUGAUACAUCUUGACCUGAAAGGGAGUGAUAUAGGGGAUGAUGGAGUGAAGUCAUUAUGUGAAGCCUUGAAACACCCAGACUGUAAACUACAGAAUCUAAGCUUGGAAUCCUGCAACCUAACUACGGUUUGUUGUCUGAAUAUCUCUAAGGCUCUCGUGAGAAGCCAGAGCCUGUUGUCUCUGAAUCUGUCAACUAAUAAUCUAUUGGAUGAUGGAGUGAAGCUGUUGUGCGAGGGCUUAAUGCAUCCAAAGUGUAACCUGGAGAAACUGUCCUUAGAAAGCUGUGGCCUCACAGUAGCUUGUUGUGAGGAUCUGUCUUUGGUUCUCAUCAGCAACAAAAGGCUGACACAUUUAUGCUUGGCGGACAACAUCUUGGGAGAUGGUGGAGUAAAGCUUAUGAGCGAGGCCUUGAAACAUCCACAGUGCAUUCUACAGAGCCUAGUGCUGAGGUGCUGCCAUUUCACCUCACUCAGCAGUGAAUCUCUCUCAGCCUCUCUCCUGCACAACAAGAGCCUGAAGCAUCUGGAUCUGGGGUCAAACUGCCUACAAGACGAUGGAGUAAAGCUUCUGUGUGAUGCCUUUCGGCAUCCAAGUUGCAGUCUUCAAGACCUGGAAUUGAUGGGCUGUGUUCUCACUAGUGCAUGUUGCCUGGAUCUGGCUUCUGCUAUUUUGAACAACCCAAACUUGCAGAGCCUGGACCUUGGGAACAAUGACUUGCAGGAUGACGGAGUGAAAUUUCUGUUUGAGGCUUUGAGACAUCCAAACUGCAAUAUUCAGAGGCUUGGGUUGGAACACUGUGGUUUGACUUCUCUCUGUUGUCAGGAUCUCUCUUCUACUCUUAGCAGCAACCAAGGCCUGAUAAAAAUAAGCCUGACACUGAAUACCUUAGAGCGUGAAGAAAUUAUGAAGUUAAGUGAAGUCUUGAGGUCUACUGAAUGUAAACUACAGGUUCUAGGGUUGUGCAAAGAGGCACUUGAUGAGGAAACCCAGAAGCUGCUGGAAGCUGUGGGGAGUAGCAAUCUAUGCCUAGCUGUUAAGCAGGACUGUAAUGACCAUGAGGAAGAAGAUGGUUCCUGGUGGCGGUGUUUCUGAUUUGAAGAACCUGAUGUCCUUCAACGAAGUAAAAUUAAGGCCUCAGAGUGACAAGGUGGGGUGGAAGGCUCUUAGCUUUAGGUACUCCGUGCCCAGACAUAUAGCAUGUGAUGUCUGUCAGAUACGGGUUAGUCACUUCUCUGUAAAAUGUCUGUUCUACUUCACAUGGGAGUUAA